AUGGAUAAAGGUGACAAGGACUCUCCGGGGUCUGGCAGAAACAUUUUUGAUAAUGCAGCCAAUAUGAUGGGUAUGUCCCCAUUUGGGUUGUCAUUCGGCGCUCAUUUAGCCCACAUGCCACACAUGCCCAGCGCGUAUUCAUUGCUGCAACACCAUCCAGCCUUCCCAGUGUCCUCUCUGUUCAGUGGAAUAUCCGAGGGUGCGUUUGGUCACUUCCCCCCAUCCCUCACCUCCACUGAAGGGGCCACGCUAUUACAGAGUCCUAUUUUGAGUCUGAGUGCAAGUCCUAAUGGGGCUCCGUUGAAUAUUGCAAUACCUGAUUCCAAUAAAUCUGAAACUGUUAAUAAUAGUUCAAGUUCAAAAUCAUCGCCAUCAAAACAUUCACCAAAGUCUUCUAAAUCCUCAUCAAGAUCAUCCAAGUUAUCCCGAUCAUCCUCGUCCAAGACGACCGUUACUAAGGCUACAACCACACUAGCAACCACCUCCACUGUUAGCACCAGCUCUAGCAGACCUUCUCCUACUACAAUGGUGUCUGGGACGACAGGUGUCAGUCUGUUAUCAGGAAAAUUCAAGAAAUCAUCCAAACAUUUGUCGUCCAAGACGUACACUACCUCUUUACUCACACAGAGCACCUCACCUAAAAGUUCAGCCAAUGGCACCGUAUCCCAGUCAGCCUCACCAUCUCCCUCGGCAACCUCAUCUUCAUCAGCAGCUGUAUCCCUAUCGCCUUCAACAAAGCAUAAGGAGUCGCUUAAGACAUUAGAAAAUGGUGCCACAUUAUAUGAAAGUGACAAUCCCUCCAACGGGUCUCUAGCAAGUCCCUGUCUCAGCAGUGACGACGACGAGGAUUUCACUGGGAAUGGGCGCCUUGGAAACGACAAGGAUUUGGAUUCCAACGAUGAGGGUGGUAAUGGUUCAAUGGAUGACAGAAACACAGGUUCACCAAAUAUCCACAUCGAUGGUACCAAGAAAAGGUUGAUUGCAGACCAGAUCAGACAACGUGUUCAAAACAAACCCAUUCAGAACAUUAAACCAUCCAUCAUGCAACCAAUGAAAAGGGGUCGGGGUCGCCCUCCCAAACAUGAGCCGACACCCACUCCGCAACAAUUAGAGGUCAUCAAGGAGUAUAAAAAGCAGCAGGAGUAUUUGAAACGACAGCUGGAGGAAAACCUGAAACAACAACAAAUGCAACUUAAGAUAAUGAAGCGAACCCAAGUGGAGAAAGAGAAAGAGGCUUCAGCCAAGGUACAGAAACUGCUUGAGGCCAGCGUGAAACAGGCACGGGCGAACGCUGCGGCCGGAGUUCGAGACAAGGAGGCACGUCAACGAUCUGCUCUAUCACCACCUUCACAUGCCAAAGAGGCCAGUAGUAGAUCUUCCUCAUCACAAGGCAAUUCAACCCUGUCCCGAUUAGACAAGUCUGAUGUUCAUCCUUCUACAUCUAAGAGCAGCCCUGUGAAAUCUAAACUGCAGUCUGAAGAGAGCUCUGGACUCUCGGAGGAUAAUGAUUCUGAUAUGAUGAAUGAGAGUGAUGACGAGGAUGAUAGUGGCAUCAACGAAACUGAUUCAGAUGCUGAACCGAGACUCAAAAUGGUCAUUGACUCCGAGGGUGAAUCACAUGAAUCUGGUCAAAUGAACAAGGGAUCAAAGCGCAGUGCUGAGGAAACUUCUGACAAGAAUGAAACACCAAUAAAACGUCCACGUGUGCAGAUGGAUGAGAAAGAGCUGAAGAUCCCCAUGGAUGCUGGCUGGCGCAGACAGACUACAAUUCUGGCCAUUGGCAAACGUGGCUUCAUUGGUGAAGUGCUUUACUUUGCUCCGUGUGGCAAGAAGAUGAAGACUAUUCCAGAUGUGAUGCGUUAUGUUGAUCGACACUCGAUCACAGGAAUGGGACGUGAGAAUUUCUCCUUCAACACCAAAGUCAAUGUUGGAGAUUUUUAUGAGACGAGACAUGGUCACAAUGUAAUUGUGAAGCUGACCAAUGAGGAAGUGGUGGAGAGGAUGGCGUUAGUUGAGAGUAAAAGACAGAAAAUGCUACGAUAUAAACAACAACGAGGUCGCAAACGCAUCGAGAAACAGAACAAACAGCUACAGUUGGCAAAGCAGAUGAUGGACCAGAAACUAAAACGCAAGAUGGAACAGCAAGAGAUGGCCAAGAGAGCCUCAGAAUACAAGAUGCAGAAGAAGGUUGAGAAAGAUCGCCAAAAGGAUUUAGCUAACAAGGUCAAACAGAUCAAAGCUUUAGAGCAGAAGAAACAGAAAGAACAACUUAACUUAAUACGGGAACAGGAGAAAAUGCAGAGACAUGAACAGAUGAGGAUAGAGAGAGAGAUGAGAGCACAGCAGAUUCUGGAGUCCAACCUCUUGUGGUAUCAUAUGGAGAGAGAGAGAGAAAUGAAGAGACAACAAGCAGUGAUGUUAAAAGAACAGGUGAGAUUUUUAUUCAUAGAGCGAGAGAGGAAGAGGCAGCACAUCCUACUUGUCAAAGCUAUGGAAGCCCAGAAGAAACAGGCAGAGAGAGAUCGUCUGAAGGAAGAGAAGGUUGUGGAGAAAAGAAUGGUUAGGGAGCGUAAGAUGGAACAAAAGCGUUGGGAACUUCAGAUGGCACGAGAGCUGAAAAAACCCACAGAGGACAUGGAGUUACGAGAUAGUCGACCUUUACCCGAGUUUCCACGUAUACCAGGGAUUCAAACAGACAGUGCUGCCUUUGCUGACAUCCUUAUGGUGUUGGAAUUUCUCCAUAACUUUGCUGACGCCUUGGGAUACGUUAAUUCUGACACAUUGCCGUCACUGAGGGCCCUACAAGAUGGUAUUUUGGGUAAAACCGAAGAGGACAGCGAGGAUUAUGUGGCUCUUGUCUCCCACUUGCUACGAUAUGCCAUCAGUGACCCUGGGGUUCCCAAUCCUAAAGAUGCUGUUACAAAGCUAGGGCAGAAAAUCGUGGACAUGGAAAUCACAGAUUCCAUUGUCUCCGAGAUUUUACGAAUAUUUGUUGUGGCAAGGAACGGUGGUAGCAAUGAGAUGAGUGAAUGGUUGUCACGGUUACCUCUUGAGUCUCUUGACCAUAUUAGGAAAGCUGCCAUUUUAGCAUUUCUAUGCAAUGAACUGCUUUGUGGAAAGUCCAUUUCUUCAGAGAUCGAGAAGCACUUGGACCGUAUGGGGGACAUUCGGCGUGACAAAUGGGUUGUUGAGGGCAAGUUGCGCAGACUCCGAGUCCUACAAGCUAAAAAGUUUCAUCGGCCUGUCCCAAAACCUGUCGUUGACCAAGAUACCUCAACACAAGGGGGAGAGGGUGAUGAAUCCCAGAAUACCUCAGGCAAACGUUGUAGUGAUGAUGAUGAAGAAAAGGAAGAGGAGAGUGGUAAUGAGAGUGAUGAUGAUGCUCAGUCUGGUUGCCAGGAGACAGAUGGAGAUGAGGAAGAACCACUGUCACUUGAAGAGUGUGAUAAACAGAUUGAAAAGUUACAAAAGCAACAUGCCCAAUACCGAGCGAAAGUCUUCAAGUCUUCCCACAAACUUCGUGCAAUAAUGGUGGGUUCGGACCGAUACCGACGUAAGUACUGGGUGCUGCCGUGUGCUGGAGGUGUGUAUGUAGAAGGCCUGGAGACUGGCAAGUCAGUGGAAGAUGAAGAUCUGAUAGAGGAAAAGAAAGAUAUCAAGGAAGAAAAAGUAGAGAUUAAACAGGAAAGUGACAAAAUAAAAGAGGAAGAUAGAAUGGAAUGUGAAAACUCGAAAUUAAAUGAUAAUCAUGUUAAAGAAGAAAAAUGCAUUGAAGAAAAAACGACAAUCCAAACUGAUGAACAAGACAUUAAGAAAGAAGUUAGUGUGGUGAAAUUGGAACGAAAAGAAGAUCGUAAUGUUUGGGACACUGUAAAGGAGGAAGGUUUGGACAGGAGCUGUUCUUUUUCUGUACCAACCAAAAUGGAGAUCAAUGAGGAAAAGAAUGGUUGUAAGUCGGAGACAGGUGAUGCAGCUAUUGUGACCUCGGCAUUAUUCCCUACCUCAUGGAAAAUGGACAAACACAAGCAGACAACUUGUAAUGGGGAAAUAACUCCUUCUACCUCAGAGUGCAAUAAUAAAUCGGACUGUUCUGUAAAAACUUCUGGGAACAUAUUUCUGCAGUCCUCACCCUCCAGUAAACUCAGUGACUUGUGUAGUAACGUAUCUUCUACUAUAUCGCCCACCAAAACUGACAGUAAAAGUGACGAUUCUAAAUCGGUUGUGAACAGCAGUUUACUUACCUCGCCUUCACCACUCAUCACACCAUAUUCAUCAGCACCUUCAUUGUUUUUCCCCCCAUUUAGUCCAUCCCUCAAUGGCGCCUUGGGUUCCAAUCCCUCCACCUCUAGCCUGUCCCCAGGGGGAUCAAGUCCCCGCCCUGCACACCAACACCACAAGAGCAGCACCCCGUCCCACACGGAGGGCAAAGCUAGCUUUCUCAGCAUCGACACGCUGCUGAAAAAGGACCACUCUCAUUUAACCAGUCAGAACAAUCAUUUCCUCCAGAGCCCUCUUUUCCCAGUUUCUCCUGAUCAAAUGAUCAAAUCAUUGAGCUCCUCAGCAGAUGGUAGUGAACAAAAGCCGUGGUUCAGCAUCUUACCCAGAAUGCCUUGUGAUGACCUCAGUAUGACUCAGGGAAGUUCGCCCCAGGUUGGCCUGAGCUCGAGUCCAUUCUCGGGAGGGUCACCAUUUUUCUCCCCCAUGUCCUUGCGUGCCUUCCCCCUCCACAGCCCCUCCUUUUCCUCAUUCCAGAUGGGCCAACUUUACAGUCCCAAUAACUACAGUGCCACCACGGCUUCCAGUAACACCAGCUGUGAGUCACCCUCAAAACUCACUGACUCUUCCUUCAAGGUGCCUCUCACACCCAAGGUCGAGGGUGAUUCAUGGACCUUAGGGAGCCAGCAGCAGGAAUCUACAGAGGCUCUUCUCAAGGAACUUCAAGGAGAACGGCAGCCCAUCCCAGAGGAAAAGAAGAAAAGUUGGUGGCGUGUGACAGACCCAGAUCAACUCAGGACCCUACAAAGGCACUGCCAUCCUCGUGGAAUACGCGAGAAGAAUCUGCAGAAAUCCUUUCAGAAAUAUAUGGAUUAUGCCUGUGAAUCAUGUUCCAAAGGAAACAAGGAAAUUGUAUCCUUGGAAUCAGACUCCGAGGAAGAGGAGGAAGACGAGGAAGAAGAAGAGGAGGAAGAAGAAGAGAAAGAAGGAGAUCAGGAAAAGAAAGAAGAAACUGACAAGGACACAGAAGAUGAAGAAAAAUUGAAGAAAAAGAAAGCAAAGGAAGGGUCUCCGCCCCCACAGAAGGAAUGGUUACCUGAAAUUGCCCACCAGGUGGAGCUGUCAGUGCUAGAAGAAGUGGAGAAUCUGGUGGAACGUGUCGCUUCAGCUAGUCUACAGGUCAAGGGAUGGAAAGUACCGAGCCGAGUGGACGACGAUGUUGACCUCACCAUUGUGGACAGGACCAAGUUGGAUCUCAAAGAAAAUGAACGCUAUCCACUUGACGCUGCUAGAGAAAAACUGUUGAGUUUAGAACCAAACAUUGAACGUCGCUACAUCAAACCUCCACUCACAAAGGCAGUAACAAUUAACCUAGCAAGUCUGGCUGAUCACUCAAGAUCAGAACGACGGAACAGCCACACACAGGAGGAAGAGGAAGACAAUGAUUCUAUUGACCAGGAUACACCUGAGCGACCAGAGGAUGUACCACCAGGUCUGGCCAUGUGGCGGUCUGCAGUAGCUAAGGCAAGCUCACCGGCACAGCUGACCUUGUGUGUACAUCAACUUAGCACCUCGAUCUCUUGGGAAAAGUCCAUCAUGAAAGUGCUGUGUCAGAUCUGUCGUAAGGAUGACAAUGAGGCAGAGUUGUUGCUGUGUGAUGGAUGUGACCAAGGUUAUCACACCUACUGCUUCAAGCCUAAGAUGGAGAUGAUACCAGAUGGUGACUGGUAUUGUUAUGAAUGCAUAUCUAAGGCAUCUGGCGUGCCCUGUUGUAUUGUGUGUGGGAAGAAGACUGGCAAGAUUGCCGAGUGCCAUCACUGUCCUCGAGCCAUACACCUCGACUGUCUUGACCCACCCCUACCUCGCAUGCCCAGGAAGUGGGUGUGUCCAGCUUGUUCCUCCAAUCUGAAUGGACGAAAACGAACGCGAAAAAGCCCAAAAAGUCCAAAGAAAUUAGACGGGGGUAACACCACUCCAGUACAUAAACGGGACUCAGAACCAUCAAUGAAAGCAGUGGAGACGUCGUCAUCAGAAAAGAAACGAAGCAACAAAGAAAAUGAGAGAAAGAAAGCUGCUGAACAGUCUGAUGAUAUGACUUUGUGCAGGUUGGUUCUGACAGAAAUGGAAAAGCAUGAAGAUGGUUGGCCAUUCCUUAAACCUGUAAACUUCAAACAGUUCCCAACUUACCGGAAGUACAUCAAACAACCCAUGGACUUUAGUACAGUAAAAAACAAGCUCAGGGACUCCGUAUACAAGUCAAGAGCAGAAUUUGCAGCUGAUUGUAGACUUAUUUUUGAAAACUGUAAAACUUUUAAUGAGGAUGAGUCUGAAGUCGGUCGGGGAGGGCACACACUGCGGAAAUUCUUUGAAUCCCGAUGGAAGGAACUUAUUUUGCACUCAUCCACAAUUUCAUCGAAUUCUUCAUCCUCAUCUUCAGCAGUGUCUUCAUCUCAGUCAUUGACUGUUACUUCAUCUAGUGCAUCGUCCAUAUCCUCAGUGACCUCAUCAUCCACAGUGGCGCCACCUUUAUCUGGUAGUUCUUCAGGGACUGUGUCGGGAUCAUCUGUAUCAGAAACAAAAGCCGAAAAGGAUCAAUGAGUUUUUGUGUUCAUUUGUGAAAUAUAUAGCAAGUGCAUUUAUUAUUAUGGAUGUCUCUUAAGCUUCAUAAAAUGUUUCUUCAUACUUUAAAAUAUGAGAACUUGACAACUUUCAAACUGUAGGCAAUGCAAGUUGGCUCUUAAUUAAUUUGUACAUUAAAACAAGGUUAACAUGGAACUUACUUUUGUGGGUUUCCAACCAUUCUGGUGUAGUCUAAACUGGAGAUGUAAGGCAGAGAUAUAACUGAAAUAUUAGCACUACCAAUUAUAGGUACCUGUGUAACACCUAUGAAUGUUGAUACAUGAUUUCAUGUUGUUCAUUGAAGCCCUGUAUUUGUGUAAGACAUUAAUUUCUAUGUUAAAAAGCCUAAAAGAUUUUUUGCAAAUAUUCCAUCAAGAUUAGAAUCCUCUCAAUCAUUUUUAUUUAGCAAUACUUAUAAAUGUGAAAUGGUUACAAACCUCUGAUAUACCCGUAAAAAUGCUUUCUUGUUGUAAUAAAUCAUUGGUUUUACCAAACCAUUAUUGAAAAACCAGAUAUAGGUCAAAGGUUCCUGACCCAUGAUUAAAAACUAGAUAAAGGUCAAAGGUUAGUGACCCAUGAUUAAAAACUAGAUAAAGGUCAAAGUUUUACUGAACAGUGACUGAACACCAGAUAAAGGUCAAGGUUUUACUUAACCAUGACUGAACACCAGAUAAAGGUCAAGGUUUUACCGAACCAUGACUGAACACCAGAUAAAGGUCAAGGUUUUACUAAACAAUGACUGAACACCAGAUAAAGGUCAAGGUUUUACUUAACCAUGACUGAACACCAAAUAAAGGUCAAGGUUUUACCGAACCAUGACUGAACACCAGAUAAAGGUCAAGGUUUUACUAAACAAUGACUGAACACCAGAUAAAGGUCAAGGUUUUACUAAACAAUGACUGAACACCAGAUAAAGGUCAAGGUUUUACUAAACAAUGACUGAACACCAGAUAAAGGUCAAGGUUUUACUAAACAAUGACUGAACACCAGAUAAAGGUCAAGGUUUUACUAAACCAUGACUGAACACCAGAUAAAGGUCAAGGUUUUACUAAACAAUGACUGAACACCAGAUAAAGGUCAAGGUUUUACUAAACCAUGACUGAACAUCACAUGUUUAGUGAUUGUGCUAAAUGUAACUGUACAUUAGUGUGGUGAUUCACCCACUCAGUAUUAAUAUUAUUGUAUAUGAAAUUGACUAACUAAAAAUGCUGAACUUGGUUGAGAGGACUCAAACUAUUCAGGGUAUGUAGAAAUAUGUUUGUGUCAUGAUAGUCAUUCAUUUGUAUCUCGGUAUUGUUUAAGGAUUAAAUGGUCACAAACAUAACAGGAAAUGAUGAUUGCUGUCUUUAUGAGAAGUUUGUAGAUUUCAGAAAACAAGCUGUAUAGGGUGUAAAUAACAGGAUUGAUUUAAACAGGCCUUAGGUUAUUGAUAUUGAUUUCCUUAUAAAGUUAAAUUCAUUAAUCAUGGGACAUAGAAUUCACUGUCCAGGAGUGAUUCAGUACACACACAAAAACAGGUGAAGAGUAAUUUAUUAAUACUAAAAUUACUAUUAAAAGUUUAACACGAAGGUCUGUUCAUUUAGAUUUUAAUGUAUGGAUAAACCCAACAAUCAUUGAUUUUAGUCACUAAAGGUUGAUUGAGGUAAUGAAAUAUCUACUUCUAAUACUAAAGAUAUAGUUCCCAAAUAUUUUUGCCAACCCUCAAUUAACCUGUAAUACAGAAACUAAACUAAACCUGUAAUACAGUCUAACUUAAUUAGACAGGUAAUACAAUGUAACUUAACUAGUCCUGUACUACAGUGUAACUUAACUAGUCCUGUACUACAGUGUAACUUAACUAGUCCUGUAAUACAGUGUAACUUAACUAGUACAGUACUACAAUGUAACCUAACUAGUCCUGUAAUACAGUGUAACUUAACUAGUGCUGUAAUACAGUGUAACUUAACUAGUCCUGUACUACAGUGUAACUUAACUUGUGCUGUAAUACAGUGUAACUUAACUAGUCCUGUACUACAGUGUAACUUAACUAGUGCUGUAAUACAGUGUAACUUAACUAGUGCUGUAAUACAGUGUAACUUAACUAGUGCUGUAAUACAGUGUAAAAUAACUAGUCCUGUAAUACAGUGUAACUUAACUAGUGCUGUAAUACAGUGUAAAAUAACUAGUCCUGUAAUACAGUGUAACUUAACUAGUGUUGUAAUACAGUGUAACUUAACUAGUGCAGUACUACAGUGUAACUUACAGUGUAACUUAACUAGUGCUGUAAUACAGUGUAACUGAGCUAGUGCUGUAAUACAGUGUAACUUAACUAGUACAGUACUACAGUGUAACUUACAGUGUAACUUAACUAGUGCUGUAAUACAGUGUAAGUUAACUAGUACAGUACUACAGUGUAACUUAACAAGUGUUGUAAUACAGUGUAACUUAACUAGUGCUGUAAUACUGUGUAACUUAACUAGUGCUGUACUACAGUGUAACUUAACUAGUGCAGUACUACAGUGUAACUUAACUAGUGCUGUAAUACUGUGUAACUUAACUAGUGCUGUACUACAGUGUAACUUAACUAGUGCAGUACUACAGUGUAACUUAACUAGUGCUGUAAUACAGUGUAACUUAACUAGUCCUGUACAACAGUGUAACUUAACUAGUCGAGGAAUGUUCCCAGAUUAUCACCGGGUAGAGAAACCAAGGAAGCACCCAAUAACCUCCAAUCCCUGAAUUCAAUCAAAAUCUCCAGCAUCCAUUUUUCCCUCACCAUACAUCUGCCAUUUCUAAAUCUAUCAAAAUCAUCAAGGACUUUGCAAUGCAUCAUCAUAUUGUGCCAUUCCUAUAGUCAACCAUCCAAUUUGAUUUCACCAGGUUACAUUUGAUUCCUUCAGAACAAAAUAUGUAAGACUUGUGUGUCUGUGAGUGCAUGCAUAUGUGUGUUAGUGAGUGCAUGCACACGUGAGUGAGUGUAUGCACAUAUGUGUUAAAUGUUUUUAUGGAGACACCUUUGUAUCUACCUGUACAACCUCUCAGGACAUCAACUAUCAAAUAGUGGUCAGCAUCAGACCAUUGACCCUAAAGGUCAAGGUCACUAUAUCCCCUGAACGUCCACUACAUUGUAAACAGUAUGUAUACUUUUUUUUUCUUGUAAGAAACUUUUCAGGUUUGUCGUCGUUUUUUGUGAUACUUUGUAUAGUUGAUAACUCCUGUCCAAAGCACGUAGUGUGCGAUUAAUUUAUUAUUAUAAUAAAACAAAUGUGUAUGGAUCAUUAGGAAUCUCACUGUAGCUCUUGCUGUAUCAUACUGCUUCUAUUUAUGUGGUCACUCGUGUGAGUCAAUAUAUAUAUGUUAUAUAUACCUUAAAAAUGUGCAAUGUUUUGCAAGCAACAGUGAAAAAAAUAAUUUCUUAAUGAAUAGACAAACAUUUUCCUGUCUGUUGUAGAACAAAAACUGUAGCACAAAAUUAUUGGUCAGUGUAGUUCCACUUGUUCUGAUAUUGUCUUUGUUUGAUUAGAAAACAGAGAUUGAAUUUGUACAGUUUACAUUGUACACAAGUACCUUAGUUUGUAGGCUUUUAUACACCUGUAGAAAUAUGAAAUAUCAAAGUUUGAAUUAAGGAUGUGCUGGUCAAUCAUAUAAAAUGUAAUGCAGGAGUAUAGAAUUAUAUGUUUAUCAUAUGCAUCUACUAGAGGUACAGAAUUUUAAAAACAUAUGAAAAAUAUCUUAUUAUAUGAUGGACAGGAUUUGGGCUUGAUUAAAAUGCUUCAAUCAAGUUCUCAAAUGAUGUCCAUGGAGAGUAAUUGAAGGGAGAUAACUCAUUAGAAAAGAAAAAAAAUAUUUUCACAGAAGGUUUUUUCAUUAGAUUAGGACUGAAUUUUUUAUUGACAAAUAAUAUAAAUAAUUGUUUUUAGAAUAUUGAUUGACCAGUACAGGAAAAAAUAACUCAUUACUCUCUUCCGUUUGAGAUAAAAGUAUCUUUUCUUUACACAGGUAGCAUUAGUAACAGUAAAGAUAUAAGUUGUUUUGAGUGAUGACAGGAUUUUAAGUAGCAUGUUCUGGGUAUGGAUGGAUGUGACUCUAAUUUAGUUACAGUAUGUGGAUUUCGUUGUAUAUCUCCUGGUACAAACAUUUUAAUUUGUGUUGAUCUUGGUUACAAACUUUUCUCCUUUUGUGUUGUGAAGUAUGGUCUCAAGUGUGUAUGAUAAUUAAUGUCUUUGGUUGUUAUGAUUAUUUUGGGAUGCGUUUCGGAGAAAUUGGAUGUAGAUAUUGUCAAAAAGGACAAGAUUAAGUGGGACUUCCACACCGAACAUAGGUUGUAAUACUGAUUCAUUAAAUUGAAACAAUUGAUUUAUAUCUGUAACUGUCCUAAUCUUUGUAUUUUUCUUUAAGUCGCUAAAUUCUGUGCUAUAUUUUGUAGAAUAUUUGUCAUGUUUUCCUAAGUGAUACAACACAAGUUAUUAGUAACAUUACAAGCAGAUCAAUCCAUAUUGUACACCAAUAAGAUGAAGAAAGGAUUAUCUCUGUAUGCCUUGUGUUAGGAUCUGUUAAUGCAAUUUCAUGACCUGUAUAGUGUAAAUGUGACAUAUCUCUAGGUCGUUUGUUGUGAACAUUAAACCUAUUUCUGUUGGACUUGUAAUAAAACCGUCUGAUAUUGCAGUGACACAAGAUUCAACUCAAAGCAAAUGGCUGAAAAGUUGUCUGAUAGCAUAUCAUUCACCAAAUUCAUCAGAAAAUAUAUGUAUGUAUAAACAUGCUGGAGAUGCUGAUACAGAAGUAUUUUUUAGGAAAUUUAACAUUAUAUUUUGGCACGAGAUGUAUAUGUAUUAUUCAACUUUUACACAAUUGUUAAUUCUUGAUAGCUCUGCUGAAUAUUAUGAUGUGGCAUAAAUACGAAACUGUGGCCACGUGAUUUGUUUUAGCUCUGUAGGUCCUUAUGCAGAUUCCUUUGUGUUCCUGUUGAUAGGUAAAUGUGGCUUAAGAAUGUAUGUUAGCUCUCCGUGUGGUAAAACUGAUUUUAGAUGUGGUAUUCACUGUUUAAUAUUUAACUGUUGAUCUGUAUUCUUAAGCAUUACAAUUUGUGAAAUUUGAUAAAACAGAAUAAAAAGAACAAAAUAUGUUGA